GUAUCUGGCAUUACUUCAUUCUAUAAACAACUUAAAAUGUCUGCUCCCUUGAAACCAUGGGAAAGACCUGGAAUAAAUUAUCAAAAUAAUUCUCAGUUUCCAGUUAAUAAUAUGUCAUCGUUGCCUCUUAUACAGGAUCAAGUUAGUGCUGCAGCUAGUAAUUCAACAGCUUCGCUUUCCUCGUCUAUGCCACCUCAAGUUCCCCCUCGGCCAUCACAACAGUCAGCAUUAAACAACAGAUAUAAUCCUGGGCUUGGAUAUAGCUCGUUAGGAGGUUACAGUGGAUAUGGUGGAUACUCAAAUACAUUUGGUUAUGGGGGAUACGGAGGCAUGUACAGCAGUCCAUAUUCAGGAGGUUAUGGAGGUUAUGGAUACAAUAGAUUGGGAGAUGUGAGGAGUAAUUUUGCUUUACAAGCUGAAGAAAGUUCCCGGCCAGCUUUUGAAUCAAUAGAGUCCAUUGUGCAAGCUGUAAACUCUGUUGGCAUGAUGUUGGAUUCAACUUUCCAAGCAGUGUAUAAUUCAUUUCGAGCGGUCAUUGGUGUUGCAGAUAAUUUUACACGACUCAAGUCACAGUUAAUACAUGUAUUUUCUGCUCUUGCAUUUAUUCGCACACUUCGGUACAUCUUUAGAAAAGUUUUAGAGUUUCUACACUUGCGCCCAAAAGGUGAGGCUGACACAUUGUGGAAACGUGCGUUUGAAGAAGCAGCAGCAGUAGCAGCAGCAUGCCCUGAUGGUGGUCCAAGAAAAAGUUCAUGGCCUAUACUUUUGUUUUUUGGAAUGAUCAUGGGAGGCCCGUAUUUAAUCUGGAAAGUUAUAUCUGCCUUUUCAAGUGAAAAACAGGAAAAUGGAUGGGCUAAAGAAGAAGAUGAUCAUUUUUUAGCCAGAGCAAAUUUUUCCUUUCAAGGCCAAGGCAAGGAUGAAUUAUCUUUUUCUGCAGGACAAAAGAUUGUAAUAGCACCAAAAGAGCUACAACCCCAUGUUCGAGGAUGGAUGCUGGCUUCUGUUGAUGGGAAAAGUGUUGGUAUGAUUCCAGCCAACUACGUCACAAUAUUGGGUAAAAGAAAAGGAACCAGACAGACAACUCCUAAUCAGCACAUCUCCAUUGCACAAGAUGGAACUAAGCCCAUACACAAACAAGACAACACAUCUAGCAAAUCCAGUACAGAUUUGGAAUCUGCAUUCAGCUCAGAGAUAUUAGGUCAGACAUCCCAGGAAUCUUUCAGAGAACAGACUUUAUUUUCAUCUCAAGACACAAGCAGCCAGGAAGCUGCAGAUAUUCUAAACGAGAUAGAGAAAUGAGUUGCAAUACACACUUCAGUGCCUUGGGAUAACUGUGAUAUGAUAAUCAGCAACAAAUGAGGAAUGUUUUAAUUUUGACAUUAUUGUACUAAACUUUGUGGUUCAUUUGUCAUUAAUGACAUUCAACAUAAUUAUUGUGACAUUUUAAUUUUAAAAGAAAUUAUACUUUCUUUGUACAUAAACUAUUAACAUGAGCACAUUUGAAAAGAAAAAGAUAUGCAUUCUAUAAAAACUGAUGGUGGUACAAUUUUAGGUUAAAAAGACAUUAAAAUUUUACAUUGUAAUAUUUUAGAAACCUAAGGUGUUUGACAAUUUGUAUACCAUUAACUAUGUCUAGAAAUAUUUUACAUUUAAGAAAACAUUCAUGAUAUUAGAACACCAACUGGAAAUUUGUGCUGUUAAUGUGUAUUCACAAUCUAUAGAUGUUUCUGUUUUUAAUAUUUUUGCUUUUAGUCUUACAUUUCUCAGCCUGACUCAUUAUUACAACUUGAGUAUUAUAUUUUCCUAAAAUCUACCAUAUCACUCCUAGAUUUCUUGAGUCCACCCAACUCUGAUGUGUAUCUGAUAAGUUAGAGAAUAGCAGCUGGGCAUGGUGCUGACCACACCAUCCCUUUAUAUGCAGAGGUCAAGUAACAACUCUAUUGCCAAUAAUCAGUGAUUUAUAAACAGUGUUGAUCCAAUACUAUCUACAAUAUAUUGUACUUGCUAAGUAUGUCAGUCAGUCAUUGAAGCCUGUAGAAUCAUAUUGAAGAUUUAAAUGUCAUGGAUGGCUCAGUUGAGUUCGUUAAAGCUAAGAUUUUGUUGCACAAAUAACCUGAUAAAAGCAAAUAUUUACUUUUAAUAAAUUUGGAAUUUUAAUU